CGCGGCCUCCUUCGGCGGGGCGGUCUGGACGGCGGCGGCGCCCGGAGCCCAGCGGACCUGCCGGUGCAGAGAUGGACCUUGUCCUCAGUGCGGCAGAUCACUACUUUUUUACACCGUACAUAUAUCCAGCAGCGUGGCCCGAGGAUGAUAUCUUCCGACAAACUAUUAGUCUGCUGAUCGUGACCAAUCUAGGAGCUUAUGUCCUUUACUUCUUCUGUGCAACACUCAGCUAUUAUUUUGUCUAUGAUCACUCAUUAAUGAAACAUCCACAGUUUUUAAAGAAUCAAGUGUCUCGAGAGAUAAUGUUCACUGUCAAGUCUUUGCCAUGGAUCAGUAUCCCCACCGUGGCCUUGUUUCUGCUGGAGUUGAGAGGGUACAGCAAACUGUACGACGACAUAGGAGAGUUCCCAAAUGGCUGGUUUCAACUGGUUGUUAGUGUGAUAUCCUUCCUCUUUUUCACGGACAUGCUCAUCUACUGGAUUCACCGAGGCCUGCACCAUAGACUUGUGUAUAAGCGCAUACAUAAGCCUCAUCAUAUUUGGAAGAUUCCCACUCCAUUUGCAAGUCAUGCUUUUCACCCUGUGGACGGCUUCCUUCAGAGUCUGCCUUACCACAUAUACCCUUUUGUCUUUCCAUUACACAAGGUGGUUUACUUGGGUUUGUAUGUCUUGGUUAAUAUCUGGACAAUUUCUAUCCAUGAUGGUGAUUUUCGUGUCCCCCAGAUCUUAAAGCCCCUUAUUAAUGGCUCGGCUCACCAUACAGACCACCACUUGUUCUUUGACUAUAACUACGGACAGUACUUUACACUGUGGGAUAGAAUUGGAGGCUCAUUCAAAAACCCUUCUGCCUUUGAAGGGAAGGGACCACUUAAUUAUGUGAAGGACAUGAUGGAAGAAAAGUACAACAGCCCCAAGGAAAACAGUUACAAAAAUGAAAAAUUAUCCAAUGGAGAUUUCAAAAAGACUAAGUAGAUUACUCUCCAAUUAUUCUUAAAUAUUUUUAAUAAGGAAAAAUAAUCUACACACAGCCAAGUUACAUAGCAAGUGAAUAGUGCCAUUUGAACAUCAACACCAUGUGCACUGCUGAGAAAUAGUCCUGAGGAUAGAUUGAGGGGAGGUGCUGCAAGCACCAGGAUUUGACUUUCAUGGUUAAAGUGUUAGACAUUGGUCCAAGGGACAGUGUCUGUCCUUCCAGCCAACAGCGCUGUAGUUCAUACCACCUCAACCAUUUGAAAUACAGUAGAAAAUAAGUUACUGGGGGUACAAGGCUGUGUCAUUUUGCUUUAAUCCACCCAUAGUCAUUAAGAGAAAAAUUCAUUGUGCUUAACAAUACUGAGACCUAAGCACCGUAAUCCCGAAAUACUAAUUUGAAGAUGGCUCCUCCUCCUCCAGGGAUGGUUAAUUCUUCUAUGAUGGUGUGAUAAUGACUGCUUGUAGGAGUUUGUUCAGAUGGAACCAACAGUGUGAGAAAAAUCCGAUAUAUUAGUGACUGUGUUUAUGACUUAAUAGAUAGAGUAAUAAGAUUACUAUCUUCCUCUACAUAGGAGCCUUGUUCUCUGGGGACAUUAUUAAAUAGUCCAUUUUAAUAAUGAAUAACAAAAUUGGAAUUUUUAAAAAUACCUGCUCUACCAUAAUUUAAUCCAGAUGUGGGAUUAUUUAAAGAUAAUGAUGGUUGCCAUUUAAAGCCAUUAUUUAAUAAGCAUAAAAAAUGUGAAUCUGAACAUUGUUACAUAGGAAAAUGUGAUGCCCUGAUAAUUGGCAUUACUGAUUUUUAACUAAAUUGAUGCACUGCACUUUUGAUAUAUUUCAAAGUUACAAAUCUGACAUUUUUUAUAAAGGAAAUAAUUGCCAAAUAUUUAGGUAGAUCUGAAGGUUUGUUUUGAAAUCUCAUUCUCCUAUUUCUCCCCUCUCUUUUUCCUACUGCCUCUGCAAAAAAAAAUUUUAACAAAUACUUUCAUAAAGCAAUGUUGUGUAUUGUAAGAUAAAUGUAUUGGAAAAAUGGUUUGUAAAGGUAUUAUAUCGACUAUUUAUGUAAAAUCAAUAAAAGUUGAUCAUGCUUAUAA